AUGAUGAGUUAUUUCGAAAUUGUUGAAACAUUUCAACAAUUUGAAUCGGAUUCGAUGUUCGAGAAUUUGCUAAUAGAAAACGAAAGAAAUCAAUUCAGCUUUCCUCCGCCAUCCGUCAAUGCGAUAUAUCUCCCGACCGGUAAUCAGAUUGCGUUAUUCGUUGGCAUUCUUCAGGGCGCCUUCUUCAAUCUUUCACUGCCACUAUCGAUGAAUUAUGGUGCUAUAGGUGCCGUUAUCGGACAUGAAAUUACCCAUGGCUUUGAUGACACUGGUAGACGGUACAAUGCUGUUGGCGAACUGGACGACUGGUGGGAUAACAAGACACUGGGUCAGUUUAUGGAACUCAAAAAAUGUUUCGUUGAACAGUAUGGUUCGAUUGUUGAACCCGGUACUGGCGGCCUGAAAGUUUGUUCAUUUUAUUAUAAACCUUUCAAUGAAUUAAAAUAA